UGAGCAUUUGUACUACAAUAGAAAACUGAAGCACAGUAUGAAUGCAAUGGUUAUGUGUGACCACAAGAUGAGAAUUAGAGCUGUUGACGCGCGAUACGGUGGUGCAUGCCAUGAUUCCCAUGUAUGGAACCUGUCCAGUGAGAGAAGGGCUUUAAAAGCUCGUUUUGAUAAUGGCGAGAGAGGGAUAUGGAGUCUUGGCGACUCAGGAUAUCCAUUGGAACCAUGGAUGUUAACACCCUAUCGAAAUGCCGCCGAAAAUUCAGCGGAAGGCCGGUUUAAUCAUUGCCAUGCCAAAGGACGGUCAAUCAUCGAACGAGUAUUUGGAAUAUUGAAAGGAAGGUUUCGAUGUCUUUUGGCAGCACGCGAGCUGCAUUAUACUCCGCAAAAGGUUUCAGCUAUAAUGAACGUUUGCUGCGCUUUGCACAACAUUUGUCUGCAAUUUAAAGCUGAGCUGCAACCUUCAGAAGUUUUUCCCACAGAAGAUGUACAUUUAUUAGAAACUAUGAAUAUGGUGGAAGCGGACAGUAGUACAGCAAAUAUUUCUAGGAACUUAAGAGAUGAAAUAAGAAACAGUUUAAUUGCAUAGGUGUAGCAAAAUAUUUUAUUAAUUCAAGUGUGUGUAUACACAGUAGCUCAAAAUCAAAUCAUAAAGUGCUAUUUUAACAAUAUUCGCAAUGUUUUUAAUUCUGAAACUUUUUUUGUAAAUAUUUUAAAAUAGUAUAGCUGAUUAUCUAAAAGAAAUCGUAUAAAUCUAAGUUGUAAACUUGUGCCAAAAUUAGGAAAUUAUCAACAAAUUUUCAUACAA